AGGUUGAAUGGCUCCGACAGGCUAUGCAUGGCAAGAAGCGUUUGGAUGGCAUUUUGGCGGAAUGUCAUUUCAUGAGCGCCCAUGCAAGCGCACCCUAUUCGUUCAGCCGAUCCAACACGUGGAAACGCCUGAGAGCAAGAGAAGAAUCCAUUCGCUCCUGCAAGUCAGUGGGUUGCUCAAAGAAACUGUCCCCAUAGACUCGCUUCCUGCAACAUUAGACGAGGUUCUUCGCGUUCAUAGCCAGGAGUAUUUGACAAAACUCACAGAAUUGAGCGAAUGUGAAGGUGGUGAUGCGGGAGACUGUGCUCCUUUCAGCCCAGGUGGACUUGGAAUAGCUCUGCUUGCUGCUGGAUCUGCCAUUAGCAUGGUGAACGCUGUCUUGGACGAAAGGAUUGUCAAUGGAUAUUGCCUCCUACGCCCUCCUGGUCACCAUGCGGAGCGAGACCGAGGCAGAGGUUUCUGUUUGCUCAACAACAUUGCAAUAGCAGCAAAGCACGCGAUCGAAGUAAGAGGACUAGAGAGGAUCGUAAUCAUCGAUUGGGAUGUACAUCAUGGCAAUGGAACCCAACAAGCAUUCUAUGAUUCAGACAAAGUAAUGUUCAUCAGUAUCCAUCAAGAUCGCAAUUAUCCUCUUGACAGUGGGUUUGCUGAUGAACUUGGCCAGGGGCUUGGCCUUGGAUUCAAUUGCAACCUACCUCUUCCUCCUGGCAGUGGCGAUGGGGCCUACAGGGAAGCUAUCAGAGCUGCGUGCUCUCUCGCUGAAACCAGCUUUGGCGAUGAAAAACCGCAGUUGAUUAUGAUCAGCUGUGGAUUUGACUGUUCUUUCUUCGAUCCGCUCGGUUCCAUGAUGUGUCACUCCGAAACCUUCAGGUAUCUUACACAACAGGUCAAGGAGCUAGCAGAUCGAUGCUGCUCCGGCAAGUUGAUUCUGCUGCACGAGGGCGGAUACUCUGAAGUGUACGCGCCUUUCUGUGGUCUAGCGGUGAUGGAGGAGCUCACGGGUAUCAAGAGUAAAGUACAAGACCCUUACCUUGAGGAAGUUGCCAUGCUGGGUCAACAAGAGCUGCAGCCACAUCAACAGCAUGCGAUAAACUCCUCGCUGGAGAAGAUUCCAUCCCGAAUAUUGAGAGGGGAUCCGUCAGGCAACUGA